GUAGAUUAUGAUGAAAUGUAGAGUGAAGUUUUUGGAUUCUUAUCUUCAUCGUUCUUUCCUUAUCUUGAAUUCUGGAUGAGCAACCCAUACAGCAAACGAGCAACCAUGGAGCCACUGAUACCGAAAAGAGGCAUGAUAAGGCGUGUUAUCUUCAGAGAAAUCUCAGACCUUACGGUCAGAAAAAAUGUCAAAGUUAUCACAGACCUUAUAGUCCGUGAAUCGGCUCUGCUUAGGGGAUCCGAAGAUCAAUUCAUAGAAAUAGAGAAAGACCUGAGGGAAUUGCAGUCAAUGCUGACAGUUGCAGAAGCCAUGGAAGGAUCAGAUGCAGGGCUGCCGAAAAUAGUGGAUUCCAUGCGGCAGCUUUUUGUCCACGCGGAAGAUGUUGUUGAUGCUUUUGUCAAUGAACGGGAAAGACAAAGCAAUUGGGGUUGCUUCAGGAGGACAAUUUUCUUCUUCAAAGAUAUGAUUGCCAGGCAUAGAUUUCAAGAUGAAGUUGAAAAGAUCGGGCGUACGAUUUCGGAUAUCAGGUCAGAGGCACCCUCAAUUGUCAUUAGAGACGCCAGUGAUAACAUUCAGUCAGCAGCUCAGAAAUUGCCAACGUGGGGACCUUCUUAUAGGAGUUACGUCAAAGAGAAUGAUAUGAUGGGUCUAGAGCUCCACUACAAGGUCAUAAAAUCGAGGCUGAUGGACACAGACAGCUCCGGCACAAGUCCAAGUGUUCUCUCAAUAGUCGGCAUGGGAGGAGCAGGUAAGACAACUCUUGCUCGCAAGAUAUACAAUGAUAGUGAGAUCAAAACACGUUUCACUUGUCGUGCUUGGAUCACUAUAUCUCAGGCAUUUGUACCUCGUACCUCGUUGAUCAAUAUAAGCACUCAAGUUCAGGCAGGACUUCAGGUGACAGAUCGACAUACUCCUAGGGAUAUCGAGUUAGCUAAGAGUCUAAAUAAUUUCUUAAGCUCUAAGAGGUAUCUUAUAGUCCUGGAUGAUAUGUGGACGACUCGAGAUUGGGACGAUAUACGUCAGGCUUUUCCAAAGACUGACAAGGGGAGUAGGAUAAUAGUCAUUACUCGCGCGAAAGAAGUGGCUUUAUACACCAAUCCAAAGAGCCCUCCUUACGAGCUGCAGUUGAGUGACGAAGACGGCUGGCUACUACUCAAAUCCAAGAUUUACGUACCUGCUGAGCUAGAGGAAGUUGGGCGGGCAAUUGUGAGAAGAUGCAUGGGCUCUCCUCUAAUGAUAUCCACCGUAGGAACUCUAUUGUCGACGCAAGAUGCAACUAGGAAGCAAUGGGCGUCGGUGCUGGACCAGCUGAAAAGAGAUCAUGAAUCUGUAUAUGAUUCCUUAGCAGUGGCUGCCGAUCUUUUGCCAUCAUACCUCAAGCAAUGCCUAUUUUAUUUUGGGCUUUUUCAAGAAGACUAUGACAUCCCCACGAGGAGGUUGAUUGUUUUGUGGGUGGCGGAGGGAUUGGUCUGGAAAGAUAAGAGUUCUGACGAGUCUCCUGAAGUAAAUGCGGAGAAGUACUUGUCCAACUUAAUAGAACAGAACUUGAUCCAAGUAGUGAAGAGGAAGCCUGACGGGAGGGUCAAAACGUGUAGGAUGCACGAUGUUAUGAGGGAUAUGUGGGUGCAGAAAGCAAAAGAAGCUGGGUUCCUGCAAGCACAAGAUAGAGCCCAGGCUAGCUCUUCUUCCAGUGGGGUAACGAUACGUCGACUUGCAGACCAUCUCGAUCCGAGGGACGAUAGCUUCAGUCACAUCCAUGGAGACAACAGCUCCAAUAGUUCAUUCUUCCGUUCCUAUUACGAAAAUCUCCGCACUUUACUGUCCUUUGAUUCAAGGGAAGGAACUGCCCCUGGAAAAGACAUAGGAGACUUUCUUCGAAGGGGCAUUACAAACAGGUGCUUCCAAGGAAUGCGCGUGCUCGAUCUGGAAAGGCUGUUUCGACCUAAACUGCCAGAGUCACUGGGGAAACUGAUCCACUUGAGAUAUCUGGGGUUAAGGUGGACUUACCUGGAGAACCUCCCUUCGUCGAUACACAAUCUGUUCAACUUGCAAACUCUCGAUCUGAAGCACACUUACAUAAGCACACUUCCUAGCUCCUUUUGGAAGAUGCAGCAACUGAGGCACCUGUACCUGAGUGAGAGUUACCGAACGAGAUUCGUGCCUCCUCGGGGCACGAGCUCUCUGACGGACUUACAAACACUAUGGGGCGCAUUUGUAGACGAGGGGAGUCCACUGGCCAAUAGCCUCUACAGUUUGACAAAGCUUAGGAAGCUGGGGCUUACAUGUCAGUUAACCCGUUGUGAACAAGAGGUAAUGGCUGACUGGAUUUUAUGUCUUGCACGACUCGAGUCGUUGAGAUUGAUCUCCAUUGAUAUCUCGGUGAAACCUUCCGAUCUAUAUCUAAAGCCCUUGUCAGGACUUGAGAAUCUCACUAGCAUAUACUUGCUGGGAAGAUUGACCAAUGCGGUUGUGGUGGACGAAUUUCCCCAAAGACUCACCGAGCUGACCUUGUCCUUGUCCGGACUAGAUGUAGACCCCAUGCAAAAGUUGGCGCAACUUUCGAAUCUGAAAAUCCUCAGGUUACUAUGCGACGCGUUCGUGGGGGGAUCCAUGUCCUGCCCUCGAGGUGGAUUCCCAUUGCUUCAGGUGCUGAAGCUCUGGAAGCUAAAGCAGCUAAAGGAGUGGGAGAUAGCAAAGGGCUCGCUGCCAAUCCUCCGGGAACUAGAGAUCAGAUCCUGCACGGCUCUUCAAACAAUUCCAGAAGGACUGCAGCACCUGGAAUUGCUCCUCGAGCUGAAACUCAAAGAUAUGCCUGAGGAAUUCACCAGAAUGGUCAGAGAAGUCCACGGAGAGGACUGGUACAUCAAGCAUGUAUCCGUGGCAACAAGAAGUCCGGUGGAUCAGCAAUCUCAAACGAACAGCAACAUUUAG